AUGGUGCUGAAAGAGGAGAGUCAAGAACAGAAUGAAAUGGAAGAGAAAAAACAGUAUGAGAAACAUCAUGAUUUCAUGACUGGAGAAAAAUCCACAAAGACUGACAAUACUUUCUCACAAAAAAGAGGCCAUAAGACCAAAUCCAAGAGUUAUUUCACCUGCCGUCAGUGUGGAAAGAGUUUCAAUCAGAAACAAAACCUUGAUGUCCACAUGAGAGUUCACACUGGAGAGAGGCCUUUCACCUGCAAAGAUUGUGGAAAGAGUUUCUCUCAAAAAGGAAACCUUAAAAAACACAUAAGCAUUCACACUGGAGAGAAGCCGUUCACCUGCCAAGAGUGUGGAAAGAGCUUCACUGUAGAACUAACCCUUAAGUAUCACAUGAGAGUUCACACUGGAGAAAACUCUUUCACCUGCCAAGAAUGUGGAAAAAGUUUCACUCAAAAGCUAAGCCUUAAAUUCCACAUGAGAAUUCACACGGGAGAGAAGCCUUACAUCUGUCAACAGUGUGGAAAGAGUUUUACACAGAAAAACACCCUUAAUUACCACACAAAUAUUCCCAUUGGAGAGAGAUCUUUCACCUGCCAACAGUGUGGAAAAAAGUUCAUACACAAACAUAGCCUUGAAGUCCACAAGAGAAUUCACACUGGAGAGAAACCUUAUACUUGCACUCAGUGCGGAAAGAGUUUCACACAUAGAAACACCUUUAAUUACCACAUGCGCAGUCACACUGGAGAGAAGCUGUUCUCGUGUGAUCAGUGUGGAAAGAGCUUCACAACAGAAGUAAACCUUAGGUAUCACUUGAACAUCCACGCUGGAGAGAAGCCGUUCAAAUGUGAUGAGUGUGGAAAGAGGUUCACACGUAAAAUAAGCCUUAAUAACCGCAUGAGGAAUCACUCAGAAGAGAAAUGCUUUAUAUGUCAUCAGUGUGGAAAGAGUUUCAAACAGAUGAACGACUUCUCUCCAGCAUGGAUUCUCAUGUGACUGUUAAGGUUUCCUUUUAGUGAGAAACUCUUCCCACACUGUUUGCAGGUGUAAGGCUUCUUUCCACUGUGAAUUUUCAUGUGGGC